AUGAUCACCACGCUAGAAGACCAAAAAGUUCAUGAGGUCGAGAAGCAGCAUGACAUUAGGGAAACUAGCCUCGACGAGAAGUUCUCUAUAGACAUUCAAGAUGGGGACGAGGCACUUCGCCUUAUCGGUGCUGAGCGGACCGCUCAGUUUUCUGAAGAAUACAACGCGAAAUUGAGGCGAAAGCUAGAUAUGCUCAUACCUCCACUUUGCGCCGCUGUUUACUUCACGCAAUUUUUAGAUAAAACGUCAUUGAAUUAUGCGAGCAUCAUGGGCCUCCCUAUUGUUGGCCAGCAUUACAACCUGGUCUCGUUGGCGUUUUAUCUUGGUUUUUUGGUCUGGGAGUUUCCAACUGUCUACAUCUCUCAGAAAACUCGCGUCGCCAAGUAUCUUGGGUUCAACAUUAUUACAUGGGGAGCUAUACUUAUGCUUCAUUCUGUUGGCACCUCAUUUGGCGCCUUUUUCGCUCUGCGCUUUUUGUUAGGGAUGUGCGAAUCCUGUGUAGCGCCGAGUCUUAUUCUCAUCAUCUCCAUGUUUUACAAGAAGAACGAACAGUCGAGACGUAUUUCGUGGUUCUACGUGAUGAAUGGAAUGACACAGAUAUUUGGCGGGUUCGUGGCAUAUGGGGUCUCCUUCUAUGAUGGAAAGCUUCUUGCACCUUACAAGAUUAUAUACAUUCUCCUUGGAGGGUUAGCAAUUCUUGUUGGUAUAUGUGUACUUAUCUGGUUACCGGAUUCCCCGGUACAUGCCAAAUUCCUCACGAAGGAGGAACGAAUUGCUGCCCUCGAACGCGUUCGUGACGAUGCUGGAGGAACAGAAAACAAACGUUUGAAGAAAUACCAAGUAAUUGAAGCAGUUUGCGAUAUUCGGACAUGGUUGAUCGUUUUGACAACCUUACUUACCAGCAUUCCCAAUGGCGCACUGAGCAACUUCAGCAACAUCAUUAUCCGGAACCUGGGCUAUACAUCUAAGCAAACCCUUAUACUUUCGACUCCGGGAGGUGCUGUUGCGGCGCUUAUGACACUGUUUUGUGGAUGGUACUCAGAUAAAAAAGGAGAGCGCAUGGUUCCCAUUGUAUUUGCCAUAGUUCCAACGAUUGUAGGCUCAGCAAUGUUAAUUGGCCUAAACAAUUCUGGCAAGAAAGGUGUUUUGUUAUUCGCCGUAUAUCUCAUUGGGACCUUUGGAAGUGCUCUUUCUUCCGUUUAUGCAUAUAAUGCGAGCAAUACCAGUGGGCACACCAAGAAAAGUACAAUCAACGCCAUGACCCUCGUCGCGUUCAGCAUUGGUAAUAUCAUCGGAACCGAGAUAUUCCUCCCGAAAGAUGCGCCGGCAUAUUUACCAGGCAAAACGGCUAUCAUGGUGCUCUUGACAGUUCAACUGGCGAUAUCCUUGUUAUUGCGACGAAUCAAUAUUCGGCUCAACAUCAAGAAAGUCGCCAAAAUCGAAGAAGAGAAAACACGCAGAGGUUGGACGGAUGCAGAUAUUCAACGAGAACGGGAAAGGCACGCUUUCGCAGAUCUCACUGACAAAGAGAAUAUCUACUUUGUUUACACCGCCUGA